AUGCGCCCGGCGCUCACUGGUCAGCGGGCGGCAACCGGAUGUGCGGCUCAUCCUAUCACCAGGCCGAAAGCCCCACCACCGUCCCGACCGGACCGGCUCGAUCGCAUGGGCGGCGAUACCGCUAAAGCGCACCACGGGCCCACGCACACGAUUCGUUUCACUCUGCCUUCGACUCUGGCUACAACUUGUGAGGCGGAGACGGAGAGGUCGCUCGGGAGCUGGAGAUCGUGUGAGGCGACGUCGUCGUCGUCGCUGCCGGCGCUGUCGCCGAGGGAGAGGUACACGGCGUACUACCACGACUGCGGCUGCGUCGGAUGCUGCGACGUGGAGAGCGACGACGAGGAGGCGGAGGAGGAUCGGGAUCCGGAAGAUGACUACGGCGUGUACGGGCCGGCGGAGAUGGAUCCUUUCGAAUGGGAGGUCGUGAGGCCUCUGGUGCCUCUCAUGCCGGCGACGGCUGCAGAGACCGGCCGGUACCUGAGCCCGAGGGCGCUCAGCGGCAGCGUGGUGCGGCUGUGGGAUCAAGGCGCCGACAGGAGCUUCAUGACGGCGGCGGCCAGCCGGAGACGGAUGGGCAGAGCUGGCACCGUCUCGAGCUUCUGA